ACCAAAAUCAGAAACUUUCUUGUUGUAGUGAAGCUAGCUCUGCACUCCCCCAAGCAUUAUCUUCAGCGGUCGCUUUCUUCUCAGGUAUGGUUAAAAAACCUGCGACUUCCAUAACCUGCUCGUUUAUAUCGGCUGGCCCUAGUCAAUCACCUGUUAUGCAGCCUGAUCCACCCAUCUGUUCGAAGGAAUUUGCUUCCUUGGACGGGCUGCUAGGGUUCAAUAACACCGAAAAUUUAAUCUUGCCCCUGUCUCUGCAUGCCAGGUUACGACGAUGGCUCACGUGUCAGAGGAUCAGGUGGUUCAAUUCUCACUUGGAGAAGUCCAGUCAAACAAAUUUCGUGCUACCCGCACCCUUCUGGGCAGGCUGUUUACCACAGACCAGUUCACAAUGGUGGAGCUUCGGGAUGCGUUGCGUUCAGCCUGGCAGAUCAAGGGGUUGCUCAAGGUGUCGAAGACGCAACAUGACCUCUUUGAGAUCACAAUGCCGAAUGAAGAGGCUAAGAAAUGGGCUCUAAAUCGAAGUCCUUGGGUCAUCAAAGACAGAUUGCUUACCUUUGCGCUCCUGGACGUCAUCGAUUACCAAGGAAAUCUUUGACGGGUUGGCCAUUGCCCCAUUCCGUAUUCAGCUUUGGGGAGUUGAUGAAAUCUGUUGCACUAAGAGCUUUGGCCGUAAAUUUAUGGCCUCAACCUUUGGCCAGGUUUUGGAGUCGGCCAUGUUUGCUUGUAAAGACACGGUAGAGCGCUUCAUCAAAGUGCGUACGCUCAUCAACUUCACCAAACCUCUCCGAUCCCAACUUUUGGCGGUCAGUGAGGAGGUUGAGAGCUUCUGGGUGAGUCUUAAGUACGAACUACUGCCCAGCUUCUGCUACCACUGCGGCCGAGUAGGCCACCCGCGUCGGAUCUGUACUUUUGAUCCACCGCAGGGGAAAGAGCGUUUCGGCCCUCACAUGACAACAAAGAAAUUUGGAUGACAGCUCUAUGAGGAGGAUGGCAAAAAUCGUACUUUUCGGGGUUCAUGAAACUCGGUUUGGGUAAACCGGCAGGCUCGUGGUCCCAUGAUCGGUACGAUGGCACCUGAUGUAGGGGUGGGGUGGGAGGUCGUGGGCGAGCCCAGCAGCACGCCGUGCCUGACCACGGAAAGAAGGAGCUAGUUUUGCAGGCGGGAUGGGAGGUUUCGAGUCCAUCCAUGCCUAGACCCAGCUCGAAGAAAGGCCUCGUGCGUUC